CCGAAAGGUUCACCGCCGGUAGUCUGACAGCACAACCGCGUAAGCGUUCGUGUUUUUGUUUACGUUUUUCGUUGUAAAUUUUGUUUUAUUUGGCGCUAAUUUCCGUUUGAAAUAGUGGUUAGUGACUGCCUUUGCACCGGAAAUGGCACCAACAAAGCAGCACCAAUCGCAACAAAGCGUGAAUACAAUGUUUCAACUCAGUACAAAUUAUGAAGAACUCAAUAAAAUCGGAACAGGUGCCUACGGUACAGUAUAUAAAGCACGUGAUCUCAGCAAUGAGGGUAACAUCGUGGCCCUUAAAAAGGUUCGAGUAGCCUUGACGGAGGAUGGCGUACCCAUGUCUACGCUGAGGGAGAUCGCAUUACUCAAGCAGUUGGACGCAUUCCAGCACCCGAAUGUUGUCAAGUUACUGGAUGUUUGCCACGGACCACGAUUGGAACGUGAAGGUCAGCUGGUUUUGUUUCUUGUCUUCGAACACCUCGAACAAGACCUGGAUGACUACAUCAAGCGUCUUCCUCCAGGUGGAAUGCCACGGAUGACUAUUCAGCGACUUGCUCGUGAGCUUCUCACUGGCGUAGACUUUCUUCAUUCGCACAGAAUCAUACACAGAGAUCUGAAACCGCAGAAUCUCCUCGUUUCGGCUCAGGGACGACUGAAGCUGGCCGAUUUCGGUCUUGCCAAGACGUACGACUUCGAAAUGAAACUUACGACGGUGGUUGUUACACUAUGGUAUCGCGCUCCGGAAGUUCUACUCGGUGAACCCUAUCAUAGCUCUGUGGACAUCUGGAGUUCGGGUUGCAUCAUAGCGGAAAUGUUUCAACGCGUUGCGUUAUUCCCAGGAACGUCCGAGGGCAAUCAGUUGGAAAAGAUUUUUGAAUUAACUGGACGUCCCUCGGAAAGUCAAUGGCCUCGGGGAAUUUCAGUGGCAAGAGAAAACUUCAGACCAACACUACCACGAGAACCACGUGAGCUUUGUCCUAAACUGUGCGAUUUCUCGAAUGAUUUACUCAAAACAAUGCUUGCGUUCAACCCCCGUGAACGACCAUCCGCUUUUCAAUGUCUACAACAUGCGUAUUUUACGCAGGAACCAAUGUAGAGUUCAAAAUUUGAAUGAGAACAAUAGUGUAUUCAAACUGCCAUUAAGAUUCCACAACCGAUCGUUGAAAAUGUAAUUCUUUUGCAUUUUAAUUAGAUUUCACUUCCGAUUUGAAACAUUCUCGGAUUAUAUCAUACGCUACUGCGACGUCCACACCAGUUCUGAAUAUCAUGUACCACAAUAAAGUGGCGAAAACGAUUUGGGAAUAGGACUCGAGGAAAGCUAUAACACUGAAAGAGUGAAUUGAUAUUGUGCAUUUAGUAAUAAAGUUGAAUAUAUUUUUAUA